CGCAGAGGAACAGACGUGCUUUGGAUAUGUAUCGCAUGUACAUUCUAACGUUAGCGGCGGCAGUUGCUGGACUCCCGAACCCUGAACCAAAACCCACAGAACCAGUCGAGGCUACAGGUAGAGCCAAGGUCGACUGCAACGGAGGAAUAUUCAGCCCGACCUGCCUCAAAAUAGAAGCGAUAUCUAUGCUGGAAAAACUAAACGGGAAACAGGAGCUAAAACUUCUACCAGGAGUCAGCAUUGUUAAAGAAGACUUGAAGGAGAAUGAAACUAAACCAGAUUUCGCUGCUGAGCUCGCAAGGGCUCUACCUUCGAAGCCUGACGAGAGAAUAGACAAGUACCUUUUGUACUCUCUAGGGAAUUAUUUAGAUUCUCAUACAGUGAGGCUUAGGUUGCUUGAUGAUGGAGCCGCCGAGGAGGCCAGGGCUUUGGUCGGAGAAGCAAGGGGGAAAGGAGGAUUAGGAGGCGGGAAGAAAGGGGGAAUGGGAGGAUUAAUGGCCGCAGGACUUUUGAUGAAAGGUACCCUCAUGUCCAUAGGGCUUGGAGCCUUAGCUCUGCUCGCCGGGAAAGCUCUGAUGACGGCCAUGAUGUCGCUCCUGCUCUCCGGUAUCAUCGGUCUCAAGUCUCUCUCUGGAGGCCAAAAAUCAACCACAUACGAAAUCGUAUCCAAGCCCGUUUACACUCACUCUCACUCUCAUUCUACUGCUCACGAGGAUGUUGGCGGCUACGGACAUUCUGGUUACGGAAGGAAUUUGAACGUGAGGAGACGCUAAGAAGAGUAGGGGAGUAUUUGGAAGGUGAUGGCAAAUUGCCCAAUUUUGAGCGACAUUGUUCAUUUUGGUUCAAUCACCAACAAAAUACUCGACAACAAAUAAUUUAUUUAAUUUAUUAUAACUAAUGCAAAAUACUUAAAUUAUAUUUUUCAUUUCAAAAAAAUAUUUCUUCUUCUCAAUCUUAAGUGUUGGCGUAUAUUAAACUAACAUGGAUCGAUUAAUGUAUACAAUCUUAGAACAUAUACUCGUAAUGAUAGUGCUUAAUGAAAAUACAUUUGAUGAGUGCGCCCUCGACAUAUGAGGCACAACUUUGAUUCCUGUCUCGUGAGUGUAACUCUUAGCGACGGCCGCUGGUUCGACACUAGAUUCUGGAUCAGACUGCCACGCCACCGACCUCAUGUGAGACACGAUGGAUCUGCUCUUCAAGUCUAAGGCAACUAUUUACUGCUUUGUUAAUUUUGUUGAUUCAACGCGCUAUACUCAUUCCUAUAUGAAAUUGUAAGUAUUCAGCUAACCUUUCAACUCUUCAUUUUUCUCACCCCAUUCUAGAAUAGUACAAAGUUAUUUAACUUUAAAUGUAAAUUUAAAUAA